AUGUCUUUCCUCCAGAAACCUUUCGGCGCCGUCGGUAACACUGUCAACGCGGCUGGACAAGGUGUCUCCAGCGGUCUCUCAUCCGCCACAAAUGCCUUCAACCCGACCAAAGAGCAGCUAAACACUCAGCCAGACCCUUCCAAACCAGAUCCCGCACUCACCACCCCAAAGACUGGCCUCGAUUCUCAACCCCAACAGCCUCCCGAAUCCAGUGGUGGUGGCGGUUUCGGAGGCGUCCUCGGUGGGAUCGGUGGAGGUAUCAACUCUGCUGUCACCACCGGCGUAGGGUCUCUCGGGGACAUCACCUCUGCAGGGUUCAACAUCGGCAAGAAUGUAGCGAAGACGGGCGUGAACGUUACGAGCAACGUCGCUGUCGGCACAUUGGACCUUGCGGGUACUGCUGUGGGUGGCGUCGUGAAUUUGGCGGCGGAGACGAGCGGGAAGGUGUUUGAGCCUGUCGCGAGUGGGUUGAAGGCUAUUGAUGGGUUGCAAGGGCUGGGCGAAGGGUUAGAGUAUGUUAAUGGAUUGCCGGUGAAGGCUGUUAGGGAGGUCGGAGGGUGGACUGUCAAGGCUAUGAAUAUGUCAGGCAAGACCCCUACUUUCUUCGAUACCGACGGAGACGGUAUCGUGCACUUGGAAGACACCGUCCGCGGUCUCAUCGUUCUUGGCCUGGACGAGAAGAACGCGCGCUAUGCGGCCUACGCUCUUCAUGCCGUCUUCAGUUACCCGACCUCCGAGUCCUGGAUCCCUGCGAGGGAUAUGACUGUCCCCAUCCGCAUCAACAAAAUGAAGGACACGCGCUGGGGCAAGAACUGGGGCUCGUAUGAGCGGAUAGACUGGUGCUCUGAUAUGGACGUCAAUCAGUUCUUUGAGACGAACGAGAACGCGACUCGGAGUGAACAGUGGCAGGAGACAUUCAAGAAAGGACGUCAGUACUGGGGCGUCUUGCUGCUCAUCUUCGAGUGGGGUACGACCUGGCCGUUCUGGAUGCCCGAGGGCGUUCCAGUCGAUCAGAUCCCCUUCAAGGACGACAUCGGAAAGGUGGUCAAGACCCUUGUCCUGCCUACUAUCUUUGCGAACUACCAGAAGGCGCGUGAGGCCGACCAGAAGAAGCCAGAAGCUCCUCCGAGCGAGAAUGCACCUACGGAUGCGAAGGAAGCCUAGAGUAAGGGCUAAUCUUCUCGGUGGACUAUAGACAGGCGAUAUCUAUGAUGUUACACGACCUUUUAUGCUUACUCGUUGUGGACUGUGGCCGAUGAUGCCUUGUAUUCUUUACUGUGUAUUCUACGCUGCGACGAUCAUGUUGUAU